AUGGCUCGCGUGACUCGAUCGCGAAAAAUAAAUAUCGCCGAAGACAAUACUGCCAUUGCAACUCAGGAACCAUUACUCGACAUUUCCGCGAAAGGUCAGCCUUUGACCGAACUCACCAACCACGAAGGGGGGGCCGAUACUAUGACCGUGGAGGGCUCUUCUAUUCCUGCCCAAUUAAAGCAGUUAAAAGCCGCCUACCGAGAUGCCAUUAGCUCUGGAAAGAGGAUUAGAAAGCCUAGGAAUAAGAGGACGGGUCACCAAGAAGAACAACGGGAGGCAGUUGACGAAGGACAUACUGUGGAAAAUGGGGAAAACCAACCAGAAAAUAUCGACUCUGAGGCCGUCUGCCCACCAGCUCCGGCCAUUGAAGGUAGCGUGGCUUCUCUCCUCAAUAACUCAACCACCGUGGAUCUAACAGUAGGGUUAUUAGUGCAUCAGGCACCAGACCCUCUAGCAACAACGAGACGAGCAACCCGACAGCAAUUGGCAAAGCAACAAGUAGGUCAGUAUUAUUCGUCAGUUUUACUACGUAGGUAUGGUCCAUCUUCGAUGAAUGAGCGCCGCCAACCGGACUAUUCUCUCAUUACUUCACUUUUUGGAGGUCGUCGUGCUGGGUCCUCUCGAGCUCGGAAUGUCCCAAUCGAUGAUAAUACCACCCUCCAUGAUAUAACGCCGACAUCUACAGAGGCCUUGGCUGAUUAUUAUUUAUAUUUAGCUGAGGAUGCAGGAAUAAAAUCUACACCAGAAGUCAAGUCUCUGUUCAGGCUAGGUGACCAGACUCGGGAAGACUCCCUCUCGUCAGAAGACACCAUUCAGGAUAUGGUGGCGGAGCCAAAUGACGCUAUUAGGACCCAACUUAAAUCGCCAGUUAAGACACUCGAAGAAGUCGAACGUUCUUGUGGAGAACAAAAUGAUUCAACUACCGCCGAUAUCAGCGAUGAGGAUUCUUUUAUCGAACAGAUUACUUGUCGAUCGCCAGCAAAGCCGGUCUCCCGCAUUGAAGACUCAGUUGAAGCUCUGGACAAGCUCGAAGAAGCUAUCGAUGCUCUUGACCAAGCUGCACUGGCCGAACAUAUAGUCUCGCCCGAGAAGAUAAGAGCAAAAGCCCGGCGAGGAGAAACUUCAACACAGCUUGGUAGCAAGGCUCAGCGAGAUCAAAUAAUGGCAUCGCAUAAUGCCCUCGCUCAGGCUACUCACGAGUUAAGACCAUCGAAGCAGAAGUCACAAAACGCCGGUUAUGCUUCCAUGCGAGUGAAAUCAACAGCGCCAAGGCAACCACCUAAUCUUAAGAAAGCUACCUCGAUGACAUUCCACCCAGUUGUCGCCGAGAAUAAAAAACUAGUCGUCGCGCAAAGGAAGGUAGAGUCGGCUUCCAAAGCACCCCCCAAACGUCCAGUUAGUCUUCUCCCGCCAAAGCAGCCUGCCAAAUCAACCAAACCGCCUACCCGCCCGACAUUUGAGCUCCCAGGGGAGGCUAUUUCUCGUAGGUUGAAGGAACAACGGGAGGCUCGUCUUGCGCAACGAGAGGCUAAUGAAGAUGCUAUCGCAAAAACCGUCACCGCUCCCAAAGCCACCACGCCCUAUAAGCCGCCGACCAAGCCGACUUUCGAGCUUCCUGGAGAGGCAAUAUCGCGAAGGAAAAGAGAAGCUCAUGAAGCGCGUCUUAAAGCGCAAGAAGAAGAAGAGCGCAAGCGUCGUGAGUUCAAAGCUAAACCAGUCCGGAAAAGCAUCGUGCCCGAGCAUAUGCCUCGUGGUAAUGUUGCAAGCCGUGCUCGACAGAGUUACAUUGGCCUCGAUAAUAUGGAAGCCGGUGAACUUUCGGUAACCAAGAGAAAUUCUGUGGCCGUUGCUCGUCGUGUAUCGCAGCUGCUCAACCAACCCAACAUAUCGGCUCCUCGUGCUCCCGGAUCGAAGGGACAGCCAACUCGCAAGCCCUCCACAACAAGUGGUCCUUCCAUGAGCGGUCUUACUUUGCAACGAACUGUCUCUACCAAAGAGGUCCAAAUUCAGCGUCAACGUGCCAAGGAGAUUUAUAAUCGAGAUGCUAGAUUGACAGAAGACAUAGAAAAGGAGAGGCUGGAACGUGAGGCUGCUGCUAAGCGCGCAAGGGCAGAGGCUGCUGAGCGAGGGCGCCAGGCUAGCAGAGAGUGGGCAGAGAGACAGAAGGUAAAGAAGCUAGUUGAGGCUGGUAAGGGUAUGGUUCCUGAUAAUAGUCCAGCUAGCCAAGCGGGAUUGAAGGGAUAA